GAGUUCGCCAACGGUGCUCACGCCUAAGCAAACAGUCAUUUGGCGGGUUUGCGUGUUGGGCAGAUGACAGUAGCCGGAUCUUCGGCGUCGGCAGUGACGACAGAGGACUCUCUAUAUACAAGACAGCCGCGAACACGCGCAGCGAGCCGAUAAUUCUGCGGCGCGGACAUGACUCGGAGGAUGUUCCUCUCUCUGUUCGUCGUCUCCGCCGUAUUCCUGAGCGCCAAGGCUCAGGAUGGCAACGAAUGCAGCUGCGCGGUGAUGUUGGAGCGGGAGGGCGCCGAGCCGGAGCAGCUGUACAAGGAGAGCACCUCCAUAGUGGGCAGCCUGUGCACCGACGCCGACUUGGAGUUUUGCAGCCAGUUCUGCAAGAAAGAGAUGGCGGCAUUCACCGGCAGCCUAGAUGCGAUGUACGCACCCACGAACGUGUCCGUUGGCCAAAGCCUGUGCGACAUGGCGAAGAAGCCGGUGGCCGGCGGCAUCGUUAAGGUGGUAGCCUUCGUGUGCGAUCAGGAAGCGCGCGACAUUGACGCGCAGCAACCGCACAAACUUUGUUGCGACAAGGCGGUGCGCUGGGAGCCCUGCAAAGGCGGGAGCAGCGGCGUUGGUGGCAACACCGGCGGUAGUACCACAAAAACAACUCGACGAUCGUAGCCUACUAGACAGCGCAACGCGUAUUGGGCGUCCGAUAUCCGCGGCAUGGAGCCUUCUCCACGCCGCCUGUCUUGGAAGCCCCACAACUCUGCAGUGUGUAUUCUCUGAAGACACCUCCUAUACGUAGCACCGUCACCUGUGCACUCGUAUCUCUGUUUUCAUACUAUUUGGAGUGGCGUUCUCAUUGCCAAGCACUGUGUAUAGCGAGCGAUCGAACUUGAAAGCAUAUAGUCGUGUGUAGUCUUACGGUCGUAUAAACUUCAAGUAGUAGACAUACGACCACCGCACAGGCGCCAGCAAAAUAGGCAGGAUAUGAUGCAAGACGAACGCAUUACUGACGAUAAUCUGAUAUUUUACUGAAAUCGUACAGGUUCCAGGAAAAAAAAGAAGGUUGGAUACUGAAGUUGCCAUGGCUUUGCGUAACCGUGGAGGUGUGGCUGCAGGUCAUUGCAAGGGGCGAAACUCUAAUGUUAUCAUCCGUUCUUCCUGGAAUACUUCAGACGAUACAUAUCGGCACUAUCUUACUUCUUGUGCAAUACGUCUGAAUGACGUGCGACUGCCACUUGCGAUAAUGUCGCUUGGAGGCGCGUCAGAAAAGCAAUGCCAAGUAUCGAAGUCAGCCGACAUGAUGCAUCAGAGGUGGGUAGGGCUUACGGGAAAAAAAAAAAAAAAAAAAGAAGACGAAAGUAAAGCUCCGUUGGCUACCGUCGGCAACGAUCGCUUAUCCUGCACUUAUUUUCGAUAGCCUACCAUACGUAUGCGCUUCCCUGUUGCGGUCUUCUCGACUGGGUAAUCCACAAUUACGUGCAGCCUUCGCGGCAGUCUGUGCCGAAUUACACAAACCUUCGACCUAAUGAUCAUCCCAUGCUGCUCCAUGAACGGGGUGACAAAUAAAAGUUCGUUGUGCGUAUAGUCAUCCUUGUUUUCGUUUCAUCCAAUAAAUGCAUCGUGAAAGUGCACGGUGUGUUGUGAAGGCCUCUGGAUAUAUAACGAUGACACUCAGUCAAAAUUCUUGUUUCUUCUCGCUUUUGUGACUGCUGAAUAAAGAGACGGUGCUGUGUAAAUAAAGUACAAUAAAUAUUCCGUUGGCAACAUGUGGAUGUCAUGUA